AUGUCUGUACAAGGAGCGGUGGAGCACUGGAGUUUGAAGGGGAAUCUCUCCGCUAGCAUGACUGUUAUGUGGGAAUGGCCGGCAGACUAUAUGCUGAAUUGGUUCAGCCCAAGUACUGCGAGUGGGUUUGAAAUUGGACUCUCACGAGCUCCUACAGCCUGGGCUGUCUCGCCUGCAGCUCCAAAGCCACGCAAGACACUACAUAGCAAUGCAUUGCAUCCAUCCUUCCCAACCCAGUCGCUGGUAACACCAAGCAUGGAGGGUGUCCUACAGUGGUUACACCCAAGUCUCAAAAGCUUCUACAGCUACUGCAGCAGCACACUGUCCGUCUGGCCUGCUUCAUAUUAUUUCUCGCUGCAUUCCUCUUUCUCUUGGUCGGUUGCCACAAUAACAGCAGUUGUUUCGACUGCUGUUUUUGCUGCAAACGUUGCUCUGGUUGUCGGUGUCAAAAACAACGUCAACUCCCUCUUCCCUGGAUGCGACUUCGCUUGUGAGUCGACACCCAAAACCAAAGGUGCCCAGAUCAGUUAUAUCUGA